GCGUCUUCGAGUUCUCGACCCCUCCAACCCCAGACCUUACGGGAGUCUUUUGCAUCAGCCUAUACGUAUGCUCCUCUACUCUGCGCCACCGUGGUCAUCUAUUUUCACGCCAUGUCGCGCGUUGCAAGAGCGAACAGAAGCGCCGGCCGUCGGUCUCCGCCUUCUGCAUCGCUGUGCCGCAAUCUAAUCCCGGACCCAAAGUAAAAGGCUCAACGUGUCAAAGUAGGCCGCUGAGAUUACCACAAUCCCGAGAUACUCUGGAAAUCAGCUCAGUGCUCUCUGCGAAUACCCUGACGUGUUUUGAAAUCUUCUUCACUCUCGUUACGCAAGCAAGCAAGCAAACAUGCGCGCCUUCUUCCUCCGAAACCUGCGACGCAAAAAGACCGAGCCGACCACUACGAUCGCACCGAACCAAGACAGCGAACCAAUGCCGAGACCUGUACUGCCGAGAAGCUCACCUCUUGGUCAAAAGCAGUCUGUGCUAUUCGGAAAGUUGUCGGCUGAAAUGCGACUCUUGAUCUACGAGAAGGUGCUCGCUGAGCCGCAGUGUUUGUUGCACUUCUUACAUGUUACUCCUACCAAAGGACGACCUGCCAAGCUAGGGCACUGGCGUUGUGAGGAUGCAGCCAGUCCAUAUCUCACCUGGCAGCAUGUCUGUUUUGGGGUUUGGAAUGAGGGGAGCACGCGCUGGUACCGCCCCGCAUCAACCACCAAUGGCGACCUUAUAUCUAUGCUCAUCGCAUGUCGUUUAAUGUACUGUGAAGCUGUGGAAAUCUUGUACAAGGCGAAUCAGUUCAGCUUUAGAGGUGCUACAGGAGUGAUGAGCUUUCGUACGCUCAUAGCCCCAGACAGUUGGCACAUGCUGCGCUACGUAAACGUAUCAACGAAUAUUUUGACACCGAUGAGGCGUUUCAUGACAUCCCGAGGCAGCUUUCCGAAAGAAAGUUAUCUUGAUUGGAAAGACGCUUGUUGCGCUCUAGCGAGUCUCGAUCAACUGCGCUUGCUUCGGAUCGAGAUGACUAUAUGGGACCAGUUCCAGUAUCAUGAUGCCGAUGUCGGUACGCCAGAUGAUGAGUCACUGAUCUUCAUCUUCGAGGCAUUGAAGCAAGUGCGUGCGCAAGUCUAUGAGGUCCAACUCAACAUCACCUUACCCGUACAGGUCUUGGAUGCACUUGGAGACGUUCCAUUCGAAAUAUCGCCGCUUAAGAAACUAUAUGACAGGGAAACUUUUCCUUUGUGAAACAAGGACUUCUGUCAACGCGCCAUAGGCAUCAUGUACAUCAUGAUCAAUUUCAAGCCACACCUGCCCUCUUUACUAUUCGGC